UAGAAAACACGACUCCAUUGUCGGUCUUGGGGCUUUAAACCUGAGCAACCUGAGUGAUUUGAAUUUCUAAUAGAGAAAACAAGCUGAUGAGAGGACAUGCGGAAUUACAGCUGGGACAGUUUCAAGGAUUUAAUUUCCAGAAAUCCUGUUGUCGUCGACCAGGAUCCACAUGUGGAUGGUAGCGAUGAGAACACUGAUCGCGGGAACUGGGCCAGCAAGACGGAGUAUAUUCUCUCUACGAUUGGCUAUGCUGUUGGACUUGGAAAUAUCUGGAGAUUUCCAUAUCUGGCCUACAAGAAUGGAGGCGGUGCCUUUCUUAUUCCCUACUUUGUGAUGUUGUUGGUGGCUGGAAUUCCCCUUUUCUUCCUGGAAAGUGCCUUUGGGCAGUUUUGCAGCCAAGGUCCAAUUAAUAUAUGGAGAGCCGUGCCAAUGCUGCAGGGUGUUGGCGUUGCCAUGGUUAUGGUGACGAUGAUAGUCUCGAUUUAUUAUAAUGUCAUCAUCGCUUAUAGCCUGUACUACAUGUUCGCCUCCUUCCAGUCUCCUCUGCCGUGGUCCAGCUGCCUCAGCCGGGCUGACAAUAACUGCAGCAACACUCCUAUAGCUUCUCCUUUUAUAGUGUACUGCAAUUCAACUGGUGUUUUAGUAGCCAACUGGACUCAGGAAAACAUCACUUGCCCUUCAUCAAACAUGAUCACAGUUCCACUGCAGAGCCCGAGUGAGCAGUACUGGGAUCUUGUGGCUCUACAGAGGUCCAGUGGUCUGGAUGAAACAGGACCAGUAGUUUGGCACUUGGCUCUGUGUCUGCUGCUAAGCUCCAUGAUUGUUGCGGCAGCGCUGAUCAGAGGCAUCAAGUCAUCAGGCAAAGUUGUUUAUUUCACCGCUACUUUCCCUUACGUGGUGAUUCUGAUCCUGCUGAUCAGGGGUGUGACGCUAGAGGGAGCCAUAGAUGGGAUUGAGUUCUACGUUGGUUCUCAAUCCAAUUUAACUAAACUGACAGAAGCACAGGUCUGGAAAGAUGCGGCAACUCAGACCUUCUACUCUCUUUCGAUUGGCUGGGGAGGAGUCAUGACUCUUGCUUCUUAUAACACCUUUCACAACAAUGUAUUCAAGGACGCAUUUGUUGUAUCCCUUACUAAUGCUGGUACUAGUGUCCUUGCAGGCUUUGCCAUAUUUUCAAUCUUGGGUCACAUGGCGCACAUUUACAAAAUGCCAGUUGGAGAAGUGGUGAAGGAAGGAUUUGGCCUGGCAUUCAUUGCAUAUCCAGAUGCUCUGUCUAAGCUUCCUAUUUCCCCCCUGUGGUCCAUUUUGUUCUUCUUCAUGCUUUUGACUGUUGGUCUGGAUUCCCAGUUUGCAGGAAUAGAGGUGAUCACCACCUGCCUGCUCGAUUCCUUCCCUAAAAUAUUCAAAUCCAAACGAGCUUUGUUGACUAUUACGACAUCCUCCAUCCUCUACCUACUGGGACUGCCAUGUGUCACAAGGGCAGGAAUAUACUGGGUGACUCUCAUCGACCAGUUUGCUGCCAGCUGGGUGCUGCUAUGUUUGGCUCUCUUGGAGAUCAUUGGUGUCAGUUACAUAUAUGGAGGGAACCGUUUUAUCAAAGACAUUGAGAUGAUGAUCGGAAACAAGAGUUUCACUUUCUGGCUGUGGUGGAGAGCAUGCUGGUUCUUCAUCACUCCCUGUGUUAUAGUGGUGAUCCUGAUCUGGUCUCUGAUGACAUUUACGCCUCCUUCCUAUGGUGGAGUCGCGUUCCCUGACUGGGGUUUGGCUCUGGGCUGGUGCAUGGCUGUAUUUAUGCUCCUCUGGGUACCCAUCAUAGCGCUGUAUAAACUAAUGAGAGCCGAGGGAAGCCCCUGGAAGCGUCUGAAGUGCUUGUGCUCUCCAGCUGAAGAGUGGCAUCCCUAUCUGGACAUCCACCGAGGAGAACGCUACUCACAGGAACGCUGCCGCCUGAGGAUGAACCAUACAACCAAACCAGAAGUAAAUGUGAAUAUAAUCUCGAGCUCCUGGCUGUGAUGUGUGUUUGUACGUGUUUAUGCUUUCUUCUCUUGCGUGCAGCACUGUGACAUGUGAACAUUACAUUGAAGUUAUAUUAAUUGAGUUAUGAGGCAGAGAGCGACCAUCCACAUUUUCCUGCUGGAGCAAGAAGGCCGGAGCAAACACGCUUGUGUGUGCUCUGGUGUUUACAAAAAAGGAGACAGAGCCAUUCAGAGCUAAUCAUAUCUAAGGAAAUGAUACAGCCACAGAGAUUGUGCUAUUAUUAUUUUUUAAUUAAAUAUUUUAAGAUUCCCACUUCUAACAAGGGAGAAAGUGUGACAUAUAGAGGCAGAAUUGUAUUAAUGUUAUCAAUAGCACAUCUCAUUCAGUGUAUCAACAAUAACGUUUUCCGCAGCUAUAGAAUCAGCCUAUUGUUUUUAUUUUGUCACUGAUCCAUUCACUUGUAUUCAUUCCAUUUCAAUUCAUAACAAAUGCUUAAUGUUCUGUAACUAGUGACUAGUUUCACUCAGUUUCUUGUCAGUUACUUACGUUUGGUUUGCUCCCUCAACAAUAUAUUAAACAAUAAACAAUUGUGUCCAUCUCUGA